AUGUACUCGUCCAAGGACCUGCUUAACUGGGACAACCUGGGAAACCAGGCCGCGUCCAUUACGGGCAUGUGGCGUCCCAAGAUCGCCAAACCAAACGGAUCAUUCUGGCUAUAUGGGCAGCAAGACCGUUAUGCACUGUCACUCCGGUCUACCCAGAUGGUCGGGGGCUACAAACAGGUUGCCAAGGUACACCUCCCACCGAACGACUACAGCUACUCCGACACGGGCAUGUUCCUCGACGAUGAUGAGACAUGGUACCUCCUCACGAGCGCGGACCACAACAUCGUGCAGAUCAACAGGAUAAACUCGGACGGUGCAGUCGGGGACAGAGUCACCUCCUUCGCAAAGGGAGAAUACGAGGCUCCAGGCCUGUUCAAGGUCAACGGUGUGUACUACCUGAUCGUCUCGGCCAAGACAGGGUGGCGUGCGAACCCUAACAAGGUCUUCUGGGCAACCUCGCUCGGCGGCACGUGGAGUGGCGGCACCGACAUAGCGCCCGCGGCCGAGAACACGUACGGCUCGCAGAACACCUUUGAGCUCACGGUCAAGGGGUCUCAGGCCACGACGUACGUCUACAUGGGCGACGCCUGGGACUCCAAGGGGGGCACGAGCUCCAACUAUAUCUGGCUCCCGAUGGCCGUGGACUCUAGCGCGCAUACCGUGACGCUGCAGUACCACAGCAUGUGGAAGGUGGAUGUUAACACUGGUGUUGUGUCUUAUCCCACCACGAAGAAGCGGUAUGAGGCCGAGGACGCAGACUUAUCCGGCCGGGCUGCCGUCGUCUCUUGCGAGCAUUGCAUCACCAAGCGCAAAGUCCACAACGUUUCGCCGGGGAGUGAGGUCGUCUUCAACAAUGUCACUGGGACGGGCUCUCUGGAGUGGUACACGUUCCACUACAACGUCAACGAUCCCGCAGCAGGCGAGGCCCAAAUUUUAAUCAACGAUGAUGCCAAACCGACAAACCUGUCAGAUCUCAAUUCCCGAGCUGGAAAGCACGGAGCGGUUCCCGUCCAGCUCAAAUUGCGAGAAGGUGACACAAACACGAUCCGGUUUGGAGCCCAUGGAGACAAGAAUUUCGAAGUCAGCGUAGAUGGAAUCGAGCUCCAUGAUGACUGA